AAUAGUAUGAUUGUACUUUUUUAUUUUUCAACCCUUGUGUUUUUCUUUUCCCUUUUUUCUUCUUUUCUCUCUUUCUUUAAAACAAAAGGGUUGCUUAUCCCCCACUUGCCUGUUUAUUUUCCAAACGGAGGUGAUUUUAAUUACGAUCGCCUCAACAAUAAUAAGUGUCUAUAAAGUCAAGUAGCGUUUUGUGUUCUUUAAAAACUGAUAAAAAUGACCUGUCUUACUAUCAACGAAACUAUUGCCAAACAACCCAUUCACCAAACCAUGAAAACUCACCCGCCAUGCAUUCAAGAACUAUGUAUGAAUCUUCAAUUAGCACACCUUCGUCAUCAUCAUUUAUACCCAAAAGAAUGUUUAAAGUUGGAUUUUUACCUGGUCGCCAAUCUUCAGCCGCCAUAAGUGAAAAAGAAAUAUUAACCAAUUUUCAGAACUGGCGCAAAUCUACUCAUGACACGAACAAUCAACCGGAUGACUCUUCUUUGGAUAAUAGUACUUUAUCACCAGUAUAUUCAUCAUCUUCUUCUAAGCGUUCAUCUUCUGAUAUUACAAGAGUUGUAAAGAAAAGAAAGACGAAUCAAGAUGAAGGUGCUUUAUUUGGCCCAAUACCAACUAUUACUUCUUAUAAUAACGACGAAUCUUGUGAUAAAGAAGAUAAUGUAUUACUGGAAGAUGAAACGAUAUUGCAAGAACUUGAAAGAAUAACUAAUAAUGAUAAUGAUGACACAUUUUACCCUUUCUCUCCGCCUGCUUCUCCCCUCUUAUCCUUUUCAGCUUUUGAAGAAAUGAAUGACGAUUUUGUUUUAUUCCCUUAAAUAAUAAAGCAUACUUAUU